AUAUUGGGCCAGCGUUAUGCUUUCUCAGUCUGCACCGGUCUCACCAUCCGAGUAACACCACCGAUCGGCUCUUUACGAUCACUCUUACUGUCGAUCGUGCUUUCGUUUCGUUCGGUUCAAUCCGCUCGGUUUGUGCUCGCAUUUCGGAUAAAGCCAGGACCGAGGAAUUCUCGCUCGUUCCAGCAUAAAAUAAAAGAAACAUGGCUGAAUCGAAAGUGGAGGAGAUUCCUGAUAGAAUACUGGAAACCUUCAAAGAUCAGAACAUUCUAAUUACCGGUGGCACUGGUUUCUUAGGAAAAGUCAUUGUCGAGAAAUUUCUCAGAUGUAUACCGGUCACGCAGCAACUUUACCUGUUGGUCAGAUCAAAAAAGAACAAGGAUCCAAAGCAUCGUAUAGAAGAAAUUUUCAAUUCUCCGCUUUUCGAGCAAGUCAAACAGAAAAGAGGUAUGGAAGAACUUCACAAAGCAGUAACUGUCGUAAACGGAGAUGUAUCGUUGCCAGGACUUGGACUAAGCCCAGAGGAUAGACGAAUGCUUUGUGAGAAGAUUAACAUCGUGUACCAUGGAGCCGCCACAGUACGAUUUGACGAGCUACUGAAGAAGGCAGUUUUAUUGAACACACGUGGCACAAAGCAAAUGUUAGAAUUAGCAAAAGAGAUGAAACACUUGAAGUUAUUUGCUCAUAUCAGUACAGCUUACUGUCAUCUCGAAGAAAAAAUCUUAGGAGAAAAACCAUAUCCUCCACCUGCAGAUCCUCAUAAAAUAAUCAAGUGUGUUGAAUGGAUGGAUGACGAGGUCGUUGAAGCUAUGACAGACAAAAUUUUAGGAGAUCUUCCCAAUACGUAUGCCUUUACCAAAGCCUUGUCAGAAGGUCUUGUUAAUGAAGCAAUGUCACAAAUUCCAGCAAUCAUACUAAGACCUAGUAUAGUCAUACCUGUAUGGAAAGAACCUAUACCUGGGUGGACAGAUAACAUCAAUGGUCCUACAGGACUGUUAAUAGCAGCUGGAAAAGGUGUUAUACGAACAAUGUACUGCAACGAAAAUGGUUAUGCAGAUUAUCUACCUGUUGAUAUUGCAGUGAAUGUAAUUCUCGCCAGUUCUUGGAAUUUCAUCUACCUCAAAGAUCAUGAAAAGAGAGUUUACAAUCUUACAAGUAGCAGCGAGUUCAAAGUAUCCUGGGCAGAAAUUAUCGCACGUGGGCGAAAAAUCACAGAAAAAGUGCCUUUAAAUGGAGUUGUUUGGUAUCCAGGUGGAAGCAUGAAGAAAUCAAGACUGAUACAUAAUAUAUGUGUGUUUUUAUUCCACACGAUACCAGCCUACCUCAUAGAUGCGCUUAUUUUCCUUGCAGGUUAUAAACCAAUAAUGUGUCGUGUACAACGUCGAAUACAAAAAGGUUUCGAAGUAUUCGAAUAUUAUGCUAACAAUCAAUGGGAUUUCGAAAAUAAAAAUAUAUACGAAAUACGAGAAAAACUAAAUCCCAUAGAGUAUAAGAAGUAUCAAAUACACGGUGAAGAUAUGGACAUAGAUGCGUAUUUUGAAACAUGCAUACGAGCAGCAAGAAUUUAUAUUCUAAAUGAACCACCUGAAACUUUGCCAGCUGCUCGAAGACAUUUGAAAUUGAUGUACUGGGUUGAUGUGAUUACAAAAAUAGUUUUCUUCAUACUGUUGAUCUAUGUACUGGCAUCCUGGAGCGAAUGCUUUAGAGCGCUGUUAAUAGGAAGUUGGUCAUAUGCUAAACGGACGCUUUUGCGCUAAUCACAUAUUACUUUACAGUAUUUUUAGUACCUUUGCACCGUAAGAUGACCAAAUAAACUACGAUUUCUUUCUAUAUUAGCUUAUUUGAACAAAUUAAAUAUUGUACUAUAAAA